UUUCUUUGUUUAUUCGCUUUUAUCAAAUUUUCACCCUAAGAGAGGUCAAAUAUAAGAUUUGGGAUGUUCACAUUAUGUUAAAGGAAUUGGAAUUAUCAUCUAGCAAUACUAGCAGACCCGGGAGCCGAAUAUGGUCCGUGAAAACUGAAGUAUGAAGUGAAUACAUUACCUCGAUGAAAAAUGACAGCAUAAUUAAAACUCAUAAAUUUAUGUCAGUUGGCGGCUCACCUGUGUUGACCCUACUUCUGAUUGUGUAUUGUUAAUUUUGAAGUAUCGGUUGCAAAGUUUUAAGUAUUUUUUACGGUUAUUCUUCAUUCGAUAGCAAAUAAUAGACAUUUGAUGGCAUAAUUCAAGUGACCUCCAUUUUGUAAACACAACCAACAUCAUAAUCUAAAUCAUCCAUUAUUAAACUAUUAUUAUAGGAUGUAGACAGAUGUUUAUCUGACCAUCCAUUGUUUUUGUUUAUGAUAAACACUGAGUGACAUUUUGCUGCAUAUUGGAAUUUACAGUGUUCUGUUAGACAAUAUAUUGCAUAAUCAAUACAGUAGGCCUACCUUUAAAAACACUUACCGCAUAGCUCAUGAUUUGUGUUAGUGAAUGAAGCUGGACUAAAUAUCAAGAUGUCAUUGACAAUAUUUUUUAGAAAAUGGAAAAAAGACUUGCACAUGCAUUAGUGUGCAGCCAUCGUGGUAAUCCCCUUUUGAUGAUAAAGAUUUGAUUCUUCAGAUCGAAGUUCAGCACAGUAUGGAUACUCCUUAUAUCUGUACUGAGUGUGGAAUUGGCUUUAAGAAAGAAACAGAAUUAAAAGUUCACACAAUUAUUCAUGCAGCAGCCAGAGAACUGACUUGUAAAGAAUGUGGAAUAGGCUUUCAAAAUGAAGUAGACUUAAAAGCUCACAUAGCAGCCCACUCAAAAGAGAAAGUGUACCCUUGUUCAGUUUGUAAAAAUAAUUUUUCAGAAAAGAAGGACUUAGACGCACAUUUUUUGACCCAUUCACAAUCAGAAAUUAAAUCUAAACCAAGACAGGUUUAUACGUGUGAACAUUGUGGUUGUAGUUUUAACAGUUUAGAUGAAUCGGCAAAACAUAUUUGUACUGUAGAUACGCUAGUAAAGAAAACUGGGGACAGUUCAGAAAAGGACCAUGUUUGUAAAAUUUGUGGCAAGGCAUUUGCCAGUAAGUACCAGUUAGAAAAGAAACAUAUGCUCAUUCACUCGAGUGAAAAACCCUAUGUUUGUGAUGUCUGUGGAAAGGGGUUUAUUGAGAAAUCUCGAUUGAAACGUCAUUCCUACAUGCACACAACUGAAAAACCGUUUAUAUGUCAAAUGUGUGGCCGGGGGUUUACUGUUAAGAAGAACUUAAAAGCUCACGAAGAAACCCACAAACCAAUUGAUAACGUUAAUUCUGAGACAAAUUCGAGUGAACGGUCAACUCCAAUAUCCACUCCUUUAGUGGCUGGACAUUUUGGUGAAAAUGUAAAUGGAAUUCUCACAUUUAUUCCAGAUACUAAUAAUAUGAAUACCGGAAUGUUACAAAUUGCACCAACACCAGAAUCAUCAGAGGCUGACUACCAAAUGGAUAAUAUUACAACUACGAAUGUCACAACAGCACUUACAGUUACACCUACGCCAGCUUCAGUCCCAGUACCUGAACCAGUUUAUUUAUAUUCCUGUACCAUUUGCCAGAGUCAGUUUGAAAAACAAAUUGAUUUGGAGGCUCAUUCUCUUACACACACAGGUAGCAUACCCAAAACAAAUUUAUUCGCCUGUCAGAAGUGUAAGAUUAGUUUCAGCUCCCAAGAAAAAUUUGAACAACAUUCUUGUUCAGCAGGCGGAUCUAAGUCACCCGAGAGAAGAUUUGCCUGUGAGACCUGUGGUAAAUUGUUCCACCAGAAGUAUAGUGUGAAGAAGCACAUGCUGACCCACAGUGAUAAAAAACCUUUUGUUUGUGAAAUAUGUGGUAAAGGGUUUAUAGAGAGAUCAAGAUUAAAACGACAUAGCUACACUCACACCCAAGAACGGCCAUAUUCCUGUGAAAAGUGUGGACAUGGAUAUCUUGACAGAGCUAAAUGUAAAGCACAUGAGGCAUCAUGUAAAGGUCCCACUAUGCAUACAAAGAUCAACACAAUACCCACAACAAAACCAGCCACCCUGCUGACCCCUGUUUCACAGACUGCAGUUACCUCACAAUCGACAGCACCGGUAGCUGUAUCUGUAACACCAAACAUAAACACCAUGGUAGAGACGAGCAGUAAUUUAAUACAGUUACAAAAUGUUGCUCCUACCAGUUUUAUAUAUACUCAAGCCGAUUUAAAUAACCUCAAUAAUGGUGCUGUGGCGCUGGCUACUACUGACAUGUUUACAGGCAAUACCAUUAAUACUGUUGUUUUACAGGGUGCUUUAGGAGAACAUGUUUUACAUGGUACCUUGGGAGAACAAAUACAGCAUAUUAUUCCUAUGGAUAUGGCAAAUCAUGGCGAGACACAAUCAGCUACAGAAUUACUGACCACGAUAACAGAUAAAGAUGGUGUCGCUCCUGUCAUGAAUCUCAUUCAAGAUUAUUUUGUUGAUGUACCAAUAUAUACCAAUGCAGAUGGCAUAAGUCACAUUUCUACUCCGCUCUCAACUGUUUCUACAGACAACCAUGAGAACUCCGAGAUUAACAGCCUACCAGUUGACCAGUUACCAGUUGAUCAAUCUACGGAAGUAUCUGUUAUUGACUCAAAUCUGGCACCACGCCAAUUAACAAGAAUGGACCAUGCUAAAAUAUUGUUUAGCAAUCAACUGUCAGAAAAUGAUCUGAAGGUUAUCAUGGCGUCAGGUGCUGACAAGGAAUUUAUCACACUGACAGAAUACCCAACAGAAUUCCCUACUUACCAAUACACUGAUAAUAAUAUAGGGAUGAUACAACCGAAAUCCUCACUUUGUCUUGAUGAAAUGCCAACCAAUUCUAAUGCCACCAUUGUCAAUUUGGAAAAGGUUGCUCUUCCAGUUACUCAUAUCCAAACUGAUCAAAAUGGAACCACACAGUAUUUAAACAUUUCUGUAGAAGAUAACAAACCUCAUGAACCUCAAACAUCAGAGUUCCAGCAGUUUGAUCCGAAAGAUGGCAUGCUUAUGAAUGGUGGGUAUGAAUUCCAAGAUAUUUAUCCUGAAGCUAUGGAUACUCAAAAUUAUGAAAAAAACUAUGAUUUACAGUCAACAAUUGAAACUGAAAUGAAGACGUAUGCUGAAUUAAGUAAUGUUAUUGUCGAUAAACUUUGCUCUGAAAGUGUCAAACUACAAAAUCAGCCUAGUCCCGUUAUGCCAACGAUGCAUAUGCCCAUGGAAAUAAAACAUGAAUCACCCCCUCCCGCAGAAAAUUCAGUCGAAAGUUCAACCGUGGAUCAGAAAAUACUUCAUACAGAUGAUCAGGAUCUAUCCAUGCCUUUACCUGUCACAGCCACGCCUGUUCCAGUCACACCACCAGUUCCAGAUAAAAAAGACAAAAAUCCACCUUCAGAAAAAUCUAAAGUAAAAGUAGCAGCAGAGACGGAUGAAGAUAAACCCUAUAGCUGUGACAUAUGUGGCAGUAAAUUCAUCCAUCAUAGAAGUUUAUUACGACAUAAGGGUAUUCACAAUAAUCCCUAUGUUUGUAAGUUGUGUGGUAGACAUUUCUCUAAUAAGUAUGAUUUAGAAAAGAAGCACAUGCUAACUCACACGUCUGAAACUCCCUUCGCAUGUCAUAUUUGUGAUAAGGCGUACAAAGAUAAGAAAAGAUUACGAGCCCAUAUGACUACCCAUACUGGUCUAGAACCAUUCAUUUGCCCCGUUUGUAGUAAGGGAUUUUCAGAAAAGAAGAAGAUGACGCUUCACAUAUCCAGUGAUCAUCCAGAAAUCCACCUGUAUUCUUGCCCAGAAUGUAAACGAGGUUUCCCUAAUAAGAAAGCACUGCAGAACCAUAUCUCUACUGCUCAUAAGGCCAAACCAUUUAAUUGUGGUGAAUGUCGUAAAAAUUUUGUGUCUCAGGCAGCUCUCACUGAACACAUGAAAUGUCAUACAGGGCAACAGACUGUGGCUUGUGAAGAGUGCCACAAAGAAUUUACUUUGGAAUCUCCUUAUGAUAAACAUUUAUUAUUGAACACUGAUCAAAAGAGAUUUAUUUGUCAAAUUUGCAGUCAAUCAUUCACAGAUAAAUCUCAGUUUUAUGUGUUAGGGCUCAUGUUAGAAGGUAAACACAAUCAAAAUGAACUUCAAAAUGGUGCUGCUGAAGUAGAACCUCAAAAUACAAACAUUAGUGGGCAGUUGUUACCAACAAGUUAACAUGUGAUAUAUUGUGUUUAAUACAAGGUGAAUAGAAAAUGUGUUGUUAUUUUAGUUGUUACAAAUACAAGAACAAAGUUCUAUGUGUCUGAUACAUAUAAACAAAGUUAGAAAUAAAGUUACAGAAUGUGCUGAAUACAGGGUAGUAAUUGACAAUGUGAACACCAAAGACUGAGUCAGAUGUACAAAGAUAGAAGAUAUGAGAUUAAAAUAUCUGACAUUGUUUAUGGAUGGCUAGUAAAGAUCAGAAUCUCUUACUUGAGUUACUGUUUUACAUUUAUUAAUAUUAAUGAUCACUUUGAAUAAUAGUUAAUACUGUUAAAUUUGAAAAUUAUUGUGUGUUUUACUUUGACAUGGAUUUGCAAAAAGGAUAUAAGGGCCUUUUGUGAAGCUGUAAACAGAUUUACAAUUAUAUUUAUUUAUACAGCCAUUGUUUCUCAAUUAUUGACAACUGAACAUAUGUUAUACAAAAGUAAAAAUGGAACACAUAGAUAUAAUUUUCAUGUUUACAGUAUUUACUAUAAAGGAUCAAUGUAAAAUGUAGUAGUGGUAGGUUUCAUUAAUACAUGUAGUCACUAAAAUAUUGAUAUAUCAGGUUUAAUAUCAUAGAACUGUUGUUAGUUGUUUCUUUCUGCCUUAAUGAAUAUCAAA